AUGGAAAUCGUUGCAACUGAAAAUAUCAAAGUGCCUAACUCUCUCAUCGUCAGUGGGUUGUCUAACACCGUGGUAGAUGAGGAAGUUUUUGACUAUCUUAAGACAGUAGGGUCAAUCUCUAGGAUAGUUAAGAUCAGAGAUGCAGAGUCUGAGUUUAAUGACCAUCUAGCAACAAAGAUUGUUGACAGUCUGCUACUGCCAGCCUCCAAUGUGGUCAAACCAUUAGGUCCACGAGACUCCCCAAGAGCUUACCUGGAUUUACUUGACUCCGCUUAUGCGACCGUCGAAGAUGGAGAUGAGCUGUUUGCGAAGUUUCUCACCACUCAACAAAACGCCGGAGAGAAACCUUCCAACUACCUACACAGGCUCCAGACAUCCUUGAACACUGUCGUGAAGAAGGCGGCAAUUGCAGCAAGUGACGCAGAUGCGCGGCUUCUCAAACAAUUCUGCAUAGGGUGCUGGAACAACCACCUGAUCUCAACACUCCAGCUAGAGCAGAAAAAACUGAUACCACCCACCUUCGCAGAGCUGUUGCUCUUAUUGCGUACUGAGGAGGCCAAGCAAGCCGCCAAGUCCACUCGUAUGAAGCAGCAUCUGGGGCUCACAAAGACCAAAGCUCAGUCUAACGUGCAAGCUGCAUGUUCCCCUGUGGAUGAUGAGUAUCAAGAUCCUUCCCUUGCUGAUGGAAGUUCAUCGGACAUGGAUGAAAUCAAGAAGCAGCUCGCUGUUCUACAAACCCAGCUUGCCAACCUAACCACUUCCAAGGGAGGCAAGCAAAAGAAAAACAAGAAAUCCAAGCCAAAACAAGAGAAGUCCGAGAAGCAGUCACCAACACCGCCUACUCAAGCAGUAGCCAAAAAGCCCAGACCGUGGUACUGUUUCAAAUGUGGCGAAGACGGUCACAUUGCUACUGGAUGCAGCAAUGUUGCAAACCCGACACUGGUCACAGCAAAAAAAGAGAGAGCUCAAAGAAAAGCAACAGGCUUGUGA